CUAAUUGAAAAAGUUCAAAAGUUGCAAUUUAUCUGAUGAAUUCCAACAAUAUUUACACAAAGAGAAUUCUUUUUACUGAAAAUUAGGAAAUCCACACAUAUGGAAUUGGAUUGAUCCCUCGUAAAACAUCAGCAGUGCUGCAUACCUACAAUUUAUGAAGAUACCAGAAAAUACAAUCACUGAGUUUUGACACAAAUUCUUACGUAUGGGACGUAUUACCACUUACUGAAAACAUUAACAGCAAUGAUUUCACACUUUGGAAAAUUGCAGCCAGAAAUAGCAAUCUUAAAUCUACAAAAAAAGGUUCAUCCCCGGAGGUUCAUCUACAAUCCUACCAUCUAGUUCCUGACUACAUGAACUGAAGUUUCGUUUAUGAGCAAUCAGUAAAUCGAAAUUGAAAAUAAGAUGAGCUAAGAUUUAGGACAGCACAAUCUCUGCAGACAUGGGAAUCAUUUACGCUCUUAUUGGUGCCCUUGUUGUGUUUCUUGCUUGUGCAACAAAUGGACAACUUUGUAGCAUUAAUUUCAAUCCAGCACUUGUUGAGGACCUUCUGGCAUCCAAGGAAACAGUGGUAGAGUUAAACCUAACAUGCGCACAACCAAUGAUUGCUCAACACAAUCCGGCACAAUCAGGUAUCAUUCCGGCACAACCUCUGAUUGAAAAGCACAAUGGAACACAAUCAAGAAACUCACUCAAUGAAACUACAGGAUAUUCUGUGAUGGGCUAUGGUGUUCGACCAACUGUUGUAGCAAUGACAUUGAUUUCAGAGGACCCUAACAUUGCUAAAGUAAAAGAAGACAAUGUUAUUAGACUCACUGAAGCUGAAACAGUCAAUAUAACCAUACAGGGUAUACGGCUUGGAAGAACCAAAUUAAUAAUCACAUCGAUGAACAAAUCAGGUCCAUUCAACAUGACCACACCAGAGCCCUAUACAGUUUUAGUGAUCAGAAAACGUGGAUGGAUUGAUUUAAUAUUUGGUAUUUCUUUAGGCACAAUAAUUUUAGUGCAAAAUUUUGGAUUUGGUUGCAAAAUUGAAUUGAAGGAAAUCAAGGAAAUAUUAAAGAAACCAGUGGCGCCAGCUAUUGGAUUCUGUUGCCAGUUUCUAAUUAUGCCCCCACUGUCAGUGGCAAUGGCCCACUUACUACAACUAGACACUGUAAUGAGUAUAGGUCUCCUGGCCAUAGGUAGCAGUGCUGGGGGUGGGGCUAGCAAUGUGUUCUGUUAUAUACUAGAGGCAGAUCUUAAUCUCAGUAUGACCAUGACAUUUAUCAGCACAAUAGCAGCUCUAGGUAUGACCCCUCUGUGGAUGUGGAUAUUGGGACGCCUAUAUAUGGAUGAUACGAGAGUCAACAUCCCCGCUCAGAAUGCAAUCAUAUCCGUGGCGGCAGUCGUAGUUCCUGUCGUUAUAGGCGUCAUUGUUAACCAUUUCAAACCACGUGUGGGAGCUAUCAUCGUAAAAUUACUUCGCCCCUGGGUUGUGUUAUUCAUCAUCGUAUUUUUAGCAUUACUUCCAGUAGCAUUUAGAUUUUCAUUUAGUUUUGUAACAUGGAGGAUUGUUCUCGCAACGUUUCUCACACCGUUGGUAGGAUUCAUCCUGGGAGCAGUCAUUGCAUUGAUUUUCAAGCAGCCACUAAAGCAAAUUAUAACAAUAUCACUAGAGACAGGAAUGCAGAAUAUGCAACUCUCUGUCGUGAUGAUCGGAAUAAGUCUUCCGCAGCCGGAAUCAGAUAUGGCUACAACUGUACCAAUAAUGUACAUGCUCAUAGGCAUCAUGCCAUGGACUGUGCCUGUCACAGUCAAAAUAACACAAUUUUUGAUCAGGUAUGCCAAGAAGUUAAUAUAUGGUGACAAAGAUGGUGACCAGGACAAUACUGUUGCUCAUAACAAGACUUGUGAUGACCAGGAAAUGAAUGGCAUUCAAACUAAAACCACACAUGCUGAAGUGACAGAGACAUUGAUUGGUAAUAAAUGACAAUCGUAGAAUCAUAUUAUUUCUAUGUUAUCUAUAUCCAGCUUCACCAUUUCCAAUUAUCGCACAAUAAUAACAAAAUAAUAGUUUUU